ACAAUUAUUCACUGCAGUGUGUUGAAAUCCUUGAUCAUAUUCGACUAUAUUUGUUUAUAUGAUUAUGUAGCACCUUUAAAUGUUAUGUUUUCAAAUACAUGUGAAGCAAUUGACUACAUAGACAUGUUAUAGUUACUUCCGAUAACCAUGGUCGAUGUUCACCCAUUUCCGCAAAGCGGACAGGUACCAGUCGGGGCUGUUAUGGAACAAAAACUUGCUGAAUUCAGGGCUCGGAGAAAGGCUGAAAACGCAACGAAAACAGUCGAAAGUACAGCCAACCAACCGCCCAAAACAUCGACAGCAUUAGACACGAUUGAACCUACAAACGAAGCGGCACUACAGGCUCCCACGCAGGCCAGCAUCACCAGCCCUUACAUAGAGAGAGAAACGAUCCAGGUCGAGGAUAGGUCAGGGUGGACGCUGGACAGUGCUGUUGGAAGAUGGAUUGGUUCCAGCAGGCUUUGCUUCGAUAAUCGCACUUUAUUUAAAGUGUUGCUGUGGCUUGUUCUUCUCGGACUCUUUGCUGAACUGGAAUUCGGCCUUCCCUUUUUCGUCCUCUCCCUCUUCUACUGGAUGUACCAAGGACUUCGCAGCCCGGCUGCACGACAACCCGGGGAACUGAGUGCUUAUUCUGUGUUCAACCCUGACUGUCAGCCCAUCCUCGGCGCUAUAACUGUAGAGCAGUUAGAGGGAGAAAUGGGUUACCAUUCUCUAUCUGGCUAACAGAUUAAGAAAUGAAAAUUGUCCUGUUGGGAAAGAGUGCCUCAGAGUGAUUUUUCUUUUUAAGUUAUUGGACAUGUAGUCACCCAGUUUUGUUGGGUUGUCACAAUACGUCAUAAAUUAAUAUAUUAAAUAAAGCUCAAUAAGCCACA